UUGACUAUUUUUGUGUCACACCAUUAAUCUUUGGAAGUCAUUGUUUUAGAUGAGAGUUUGCCACCUAUGGAUUGGAAAAAAAAAGGUAUAAGAUAGCUAUUGGGACAGGAAGAGGCCUCCAUUACUUGCACAAUGGCUGCCAGAGGAGGAUAAUUCACAGGGACAUUAAGUCCACAAAUAUACUAUUGACUGUAGAUUUUGAACCACAGGUACACACAUUAGUCAUAGCUUAUUCAUCUUAGAUUCAAAAAGUUUAGUAAUUGCAUUGGAUAUGAUUUUGGCACUUGGCACCUGAGUACUAUAUGCGUGGAAUUGUGGAUAAGAAAACAGAUGUCUUUUCUUUUGGAGUUAUUUUAUUAGAGCUCAUCUCAGGCAUAAACCAGUCGAUGGGUGUCACCAAAGCUUACAUAGCUGGGUAAUGACAAUCUUGUGGAAUACUUAUAAUUUGAUGUAGUCUUUUUCAAGUUGCUCAUUUUUCAGAAGAGAAUAAUUGACUUGUGGGGUUUCUUCUAGAGUACUAAGACUAGGUGAUUAAUUAUUGAGAUUUGAUUAUAUGCAUUUGUUGUCGUUCUAAUCAAUAUUCAAUUUGAUCUUCAACAUGCAAAACCAAUAUUAAACCAGGGAGAUAUUGAUCAGCUAGUAGAUCUAAGGCUCAGAGGUGUCUAUGAUGUUACACAGCUGAAAAGACUUGCCUUUGCAGGAUCUCUCUGCAUUCGAGCAUCGCCAACAUGGCGUCCUACUAUGAGCGAGAUACGGUUUUAAUUAUCACUUGGUACUAAUACGGUUUUAAUUAUCACUUGGUACUAACGUUACAUUAUGGAUCACCUCUAAGAGAAGUAUGCAUGACUUAUUAGAUUGGUGUAUAAAGUCCCUAUUAGUGAUUAUCCCUACCGUGGUCUGUGAAAUUGUACUGAUAAGUAAGUCCUGCAUCAUUUUAAUCCUGGAUCCGCCGCUGUUGGCUUCAUUGAAGGAGCCUACUUCUUCGACGAAUCCAAACGAGCCGUGGGCCGUCUUGUAUCCCAGAAAGGUCUGGCCCACAAUAAGCUCCCCGCCGGCGACUGAGCACGAGUUCCAAGCCGACGUGCUUUCGGAGGUGCUGCGUCAUUCUCUGCCGUCCAGAAUUUUCUGUCAGUCCGAAUUGACGUCGUCUUUGGACACAGCUUCCAAAUGGGUUCUAAAAUCUGAGUGCAAGAAUGGGUUUUACAUCUCUUCUCAGACUCUUAAUCCUCUUAGAGAUUAUAUGUCCGUGCCCCAGGUCACUUUUGGCCCCAAAAGGUGGCAGUUUCCUAGAUCAGAAGGCUAUAUCAGCCUCAACGGCUAAUGAAUUGCGUCGAGACAGGCAUCCGAUCCCCAUUGAUCCUGAGAAGUAGGUCCAUUCAAUCUCUCUAUUUCUUUCAAAUUUGAUAUGGUUCAGAACGCUCGUUGGUGAUUACUAAACAUGCUUUCAAGCACGCCAGUGCUUUUGCUUGUAUAUUAUUGUAGCUUGAGCUGAACCUCCAUGUCACCUGAUGUAAGGCCUUGUUUAAUUUUCGCAUAUUUAGAUAUCAAUGGAGAUUGUAUUGACAAGGAGAAAAGGUUUUCAUGCUGAAAAGAACAGGCAUUCGUUAAAUCAUGGUUAGAUUUUAACAGGAUUUGUCAUAAAUUUGUUCGUACUAAGAACAGUUGUAUAGAAUCUAGAGUGUCAUUUGUUUUCUGUUUUUGUUUUUUUAGCAAUACUAUUUUUCUAUUUUCGAAAGUUGUAUUCUGCUUUUAUGUAGUUAGAGUAGCAUUUGGCAUUGCAACUGCAAUAGUUUUGGGUGGUGCCACCAUGGUAUCUGGACCAACUGUCUCAAGGUUACAGAUGCAGAAUGUAAGUACACUACGCUUUGUGUUGGUUCCUGAUAUUUGUAUCACUUUCGGGUACUCUUUAACCAUAAUAUGGUGCUGAAAGUAUAUUUGUACAUAUAAUGUUGCUUGUUUGUGCAAUACUUGGUCAAAUGUGCAAAUGUUUUAGAAACACGGCACCUAUAUUAAGGUGCAUCAUGCAUGUAUUGAAAUGUGAAUAAGGUUCAGAUAGUAAUUUGAAAUGUGUGUAUGACAGAGUGAUGACAUCCGAACAAAAGGGAGAGACCUGAUGGAGCCAAAACUUCAAGGGAUUCGUGAGGGACUGGUUCCCUUAAAGUAUGUCAAAUUUGAUGCAUUGAGAGGGGGACUGCCUUUUCUUUUUCCUG